AAGAUGAGAAGGCAGUGCGAAACUUGGUUGACGUAGCUCAGCAACUACUAGCAGUAGUUUAGACUAAUUUAUGACUUAUUUUACUUGAGGACUGCAUUAUAUAUUGCUGUCAAAAGAAGGUGAUAUAUAAUAUAUUUUAUUUUUUGGUUCAGAAGUUGUUUAACGCACUAAACGCGCGCGUAAUGAAGCGCUCGUGAUCAACCGACGCGUCUUGUAAACGAAGUUUUGCGACUAUAUAACGUUAGUAGAUAUAUAUUACCACAAGCAUCUCGUGGUUCUCCAGGAGACAUUGCUGUCUUUACAUUUGAAAACACGGAGUUCGUAUUAGCCGGUAAGAAGAUUAGAGUCAUGACUGGUAGAGAGGACGAGUAUGACUAUCUCUUUAAAGUGGUUCUGAUUGGUGACUCGGGUGUGGGCAAGAGUAACUUGCUCUCUCGCUUCACCCGCAAUGAGUUCAACCUGGAGAGCAAGAGCACCAUCGGAGUGGAGUUUGCCACACGCAGUAUCCACGUGGAGGGCAAGACGGUCAAAGCUCAGAUCUGGGAUACGGCUGGACAGGAGAGAUACAGAGCCAUCACAUCAGCGUAUUACAGAGGUGCUGUAGGAGCCCUGCUGGUGUAUGACAUCGCCAAGCAUCUGACCUAUGAGAACGCAGAGCGCUGGCUAAAGGAGCUGCAGGAUCAUGCUGACAGCAAUAUUGUCAUCAUGUUAGUAGGAAACAAAAGCGACUUGCGUCAUCUGAGGGCUGUUCCUAUGGAUGAAGCCAAAGCAUUUGCAGAGAAACAUGGGCUGUCUUUCCUGGAGACAUCAGCGCUGGACUCUUCUAAUGUUGAACUUGCCUUUCAGACUAUUCUCACAGAAAUCUACCGUAUCGUGUCCCAGAGGCAGAUGUCGGGGCGUGGAGAUGACGGCUUCUCCCCCAGCUCCAAAGUGGUUCCCAUUACGGUGCAGCCCACACAAAAUUCUGGCAAGCAGAGCGCCUGCUGUCAGAAUAACUGAGCUGCCACAGCGCCACCAGGGGACCCGGGGAAUAACAGCAACUUUGUUUGGGCUGGGCUGCAAGGUUGAUCGUGUCCGACUGCGCUGUAUUUCCAGUCGGAAAAUGAUGAUGAUGAUAAUGAUGAUGAUGAUGAGAAAUUGAAGCGAUGAAUGGAUUUGCUCAGAACUGACUUGUUUCAGGCUAAUUAGAAAUGAGCAGUUAGCUGGAGCACUCAAGACGUGGCUGCUCUCUUUUAUUUUCUGGCACUUUUUGUCAAAAAACAAUGGGCUGGAAGAACCUGGAAAGUGCUUGGAUUGCGUAAUGCUACUUUUAUUAUUAAAGGUUUAGCUCACCCAAAAAUGUAAAUUUAACAUUUAAGCACCCUUAAGUUGUUUGAAACCUUUAGGAGUUUCUUUUUGUUUCUGUUGAGCACAAAAGAAGAUGAUUUGAAAAAUGUCAGAAACCAUUGUCGGUAGCCAUUGACAUCCAUAGUAAAAAUAUUAAUAAAUAAAAUACUGUGGAAGUGAAUGGCUGCCAGAUUUCAACAAUCUUCAAAAUGUUUUUAGAAGAAAGAAACUCAAAACGGGCUUUGAAGAGAGGAACUAAAUAUCUUUCAAACCUUUACGAGUUUCUUUUUGGUUUCUGGUGAACACAAAAGAAGAUGAUUUGAAAAAUGUGGGAAACUGGUUGCCAUUGACUUCCAUAGUAAAAAUGAAUUGAAACAAUACACCUGGAAGUGAAUGGCUACCAGAUUCCUGCAAUCUUCAAAAUGUUUUCAGAAGAAAGAAACUUAAAAUAGAUUUUAAAGACAGGAAAUAAAUGUCUUUCAAAGGUUUAAGUUUAUUUUUGUUUUUGUUGAACAAAAGAAGAUGAUUUGAAAAAUGUGGGAAACUGGUAGCCAUUGACAUACUUAGUUAAAAAAAACAUAAAUACUGUGAAAGUGAAUGGCUACCAGAUUUCAACAGUCUUGAAAAUGUUUUUAGAAGAAACCAAUUCUGUUGAACCCAAAAGAUGAUUUGAAAAAUGUUGGUAACUGGUAGCCAUUGACAUCCU